UUGCAUUAACGAGGAAGUAAAAGUAAUUGUAAUUUUCGGGUUCAAAAACAUGCAUUAUGUCGCAUCAGCGAUUUACGUUUAUUUCAUAUAUCUGUCAUUUCGUCACAUUAUUUUGCGUUUCUGCACAAUUUCACAAUUCUAAAGAACUUUCCAAGAAUAAUAUUAUUCAUUUAUUACCUGCUUACGCCAUCGCCUCGAGAGCUAGUCUUCUCGGUUCGGCAACAUGUGCAACGGAAUUACAAGAUUUUCGAGACGCUGUCGAUCAACGGAUGCUAUGGGGCUUAAAGACAUUGGAUUCUAGUGGCGAACUCAAAUCAGGUUUCCUUUAUGGAAAUAAUUUUUGGCUGGGCAGUCGUAGCCAGUGCUUCGAUAUAAUGAACAGGACUCCCUUUGAGUUCGCGAAACGGCAUAUAGUUAAUAACACGAGAUACCGCAAUCCGCAGAAUGAGUUCCCACCUUUCCAAUUGAAUUACUUCGUCGCUUAUCUCAGACACAACAGUACUCUUCAGUAUCACAUCAAUAUACCAAAUGAAGAUCUGAUUACGCUCGGCCUCUGUUUACCCGCAUCCUGUUCCAUGAAUAAUAUAAGUUUCAUUCUAGAAAGAAUAUUUAGAGACAGAAUUCUUUUAAUCAAUGAUCUCUAUUCUAUGGAUCUCAGCCUGAUCCAGGUAAAAAAUUUAAAGGACGAUCACCAAUGGCUGUUAAGUGGUGCGACACCCCUCAUAUGUGUUGUUUUAGUGCUUACCUUUGUCAUGAUGAUAAGCGGUACAAUAUACGAUAUAUUCAUAUAUCAAACAUAUUUAAAAGCAAAUGCUAAAAUUGUCGUUAAUGUAGAAAACGCGGUCGAGAUGCAAAUGACAGAUUUGUCGUCUUCACGUGAGAAAAGUAGAAUCGGGAAUGUAUUAAUGUGUUUCUCCGUUUACACAAGUACGAAGAUAAUAUUUAACACAAAAUUGGACACCGAAGCAAUAGCCGUCAUUCACGGCAUAAGAUUUCUGACCAUGCUUUGGAUAAUUAUAGCUCACACCAUAUUUUACACGACGGACUAUCUCGACAAUAAAAUAUGGACGUUGAGAUUCGCCGAAGGUAUCUCCAUUCAAGUGAUAAGCAACGCAAGUAUAGCGGUUGACACUUAUUUCUUUUUAAGCGGAUUUUUAUUGGCUUACGUGUAUUUAAAGCAUAAAACAGACAAGGAAAAAAUUAAGCCGAUUCAUUACAGAGAGAAGCUAAAUGAGUUCUUUGUCAGCAUAAUAAAGAGAUAUAUCCGGUUGACACCAACUUAUAUAAUAAUGAUAGGAAUAGUGCAAUUAAACUCAACUUGGUACGACAAGACUUCGCAAUUUUACGUUGAAGAAAGAUUGCACGAAACUUGCGCGAAAUAUUGGUGGAGAAAUAUCUUGUACAUAAAUAAUCUGUUUAAUCAUAAUACGAUGUGCUUGUCUUGGAGUUGGUAUCUAUCCAGUGAUAUGCAAUUCUUUAUAAUCGGUCUGGCGCUUUUAAUUCUAUCAACUGUAUAUUUUUACGUGGCUGUUGUUAUACUAGGUACAAUUUUGAUAGCCUCAGUUAUCUUAAGCGGUUAUAUCUCAUACAUUUAUGAAUAUGUUCCGACUUUAGAUGAACAGUACAGACUUCUAGAUGUCCUCUACUUCCCUCCAUGGAUUCGAAUUGGUCCAUAUAUUAUUGGAAUGAUUACAGGUUACAUUAUAAAAAGAUUUAACAGAAAAAUAGUCUUGAAAAAGAGUACUAUAAUUUUAUAUUGGACUCUUGGUGCUGCUUGCAACAUUUUCGUGUUAUUUGGCCUUUACAAACGACAGAUAUCUGUUCUGUCUACUGCUAUCUAUGUUGCAAUAAGUAGAACAGUUUGGGCCAUAGGCAUAGCAUGGAUUGUAAUAGUGUGUUGUACUGAGCAUGGAGGCAUCGUUAAGGAGCUGUUAACAUGCAAAAUCUGGAUUCCUCUUAGUAGACUUACAUACUGCGCUUACCUUUUAAAUCCUUUUAUUAUACAUUCGAUUCGUUUGCAUAAUGAAACAUCUGCUCAUUUUGAAUUUCUGUCCAUGUGCGCUAUGAUCAUUGGAUACUUUGGGAUUAGUUAUAUCUGUGCAUAUGCAUUGUCUUUAAUGGCAGAAUCACCGUAUAUCUUAUUAAUGCGAAUGUUCAGCCAAUCUCGUAACAAAAAGAAAUAUAAGGAAUGUGAAGUUAUAAUUUCACAUACAUGAUAGUGAUGGAAAUACU